GUCCGCCCCACUUGAAUUAUUGUGUCGCGACCACUGUUGUACGUGUCACCGUUCAACUUGUUGAGUUGAUUGUUAUCUGAUGCAUCCCAAAAUUUUAUCUCACCUUCUUUCUUUCAUAUACAUAAAACGCCUCAUUUCCUGUUAAGUAACACAGUGCAUUUUGAUCUGAUAUAGUGAAUAGAAAUGACUAAAAACGAGUUGAGGCUUUUGGGUGCUUGGUUCAGUCCAUAUGCCCUGAGGGUGCAGAUUGCCCUUAACCUCAAGGGUCUAGAUUAUGAGGUUGUUGAAGAGACCUUGAAUCCCAAAAGUGAUCUGCUUCUUAAGUCCAACCCUGUGCACAAGAAAAUCCCAGUUCUACUCCAUGGAGAUAAAGUCAUAUGUGAAUCUGCAAUCAUAGUUGAGUACAUAGAUGAGGUUUGGUCCAACAAUGCUCUCUCCAUCCUUCCACAAAAUGCUUAUGACCGAGCUAAUGCCCGAUUUUGGGUUUCUUACAUCGAUGACAAGUGGUAUACGUCCAUAAGGAAUACUAUUUUGGCUGAAGCGGCUGAUCAAGAUGAUGAGGCAAAGAAGCCACACUUUGUGGGAAUGGAAGAAGCUCUUGAGAGGAUGGAAGAAGUGUUCAACAAGUGCAGUGAAGGAAGGGCUUAUUUUGGAGGAGAUACAAUUGGAAUUAUUGACAUUGCUUUUGGGAGCCUUUGGGGUUGGGUGAGAGUGAUAGAGGAGAUGAAUGGAAGAAAAGUGUUUGAUGAAGCAAAAAACCCUGCUUUGGCUAAAUGGGCUGAUAAGUUUUCUGCUGAUCCUGCUGUGAAGGGUGUUCUUCCAGAGACUCAAAAGCUUAUUGAGUUUGCCAAAAUUCGUAAGCAAAAAUGGGCUGCUGCAGCUGCAAAGUAAAUGAAAUUAAUUGCUAGAUUACUUGGGCUUGAAAUUGUGAAGUUUUACUUUUCAUUUUUUUUCCCUUGUAGACUAUGUUUGUUCUAACUUUAUGUUGGCUUAAAAGUUACUUUAAAAGGUCUAGGUUGUCUCUGCUAGCAACUGAGUCUCUCUCUCUUGUUUGUA